CUCCUCGCGGGCCACGCCCCGCGGCCCCUUCGGGGCCUCGUGCGCAAAGGAGGGGGUGGAGCCUUCCUUGGGACCUUUCACCUCAGCAUGGCUGCGCCCGUGGGACCGGUGAAGUUCUGGAGACCCGGUACAGAGGGACCGGGUGUCAGCAUCUCUGAAGAGAGACAAAGUCUAGCUGAAAACUCUGCAACGACUGUUGUUUACAAUCCUUAUGCCGCCCUUUCUAUAGAGCAGCAGAGGCAGAAGCUGCCGGUGUUCAAGCUUAGGAAUCAUAUAUUGUACUUGAUAGAAAACUAUCAAACAGUGGUGAUUGUUGGAGAAACAGGAUGUGGGAAAAGCACGCAGAUUCCACAAUACCUUGCAGAAGCUGGCUGGACGGCCGAAGGAAGAGUGGUGGGAGUGACCCAGCCCCGAAGAGUGGCUGCUGUUACAGUUGCAGGGAGAGUGGCUGAGGAAAGGGGUGCGGUGCUGGGCCACGAGGUGGGCUACUGCAUCCGCUUUGAUGACUGCACCAACCCACUGGCUACGAGAAUUAAGUUUCUGACCGAUGGAAUGCUGGUCAGGGAAAUGAUGGUUGAUCCAUUGUUAACAAAAUACAGUGCCAUCAUGCUGGAUGAAGCGCACGAGAGGACCUUGUACACCGACAUUGCCAUUGGCCUGCUGAAAAAGAUUCAGAAAAAGCGAGGGGAUCUUCGAUUGAUUGUGGCUUCAGCCACCUUGGAUGCAGAGAAAUUUUGGGAUUUCUUUAAUCAAAAUGACACCAGUGACCCAGCCAGGGAUACGUGCGUGAUCCUUACAGUAGAAGGACGAACGUUUCCAGUGGAUAUCUUUUAUCUACAAAGUCCUGUUCCAGAUUAUAUCAAAUCAACUGUAGAAACUGUGAUGAAAAUUCACCAGACAGAGGGAGAUGGAGACAUAUUAGCAUUUCUCACUGGCCAGGAAGAGGUAGAAACUGUUGUGUCUAUGCUGAUAGAGCAGGCUCGAGCACUGGGUCGGACCGGGAUGAAGAGGCACCUCCGGGUUCUCCCCAUGUAUGCGGGACUGCCUUCCUUUGAGCAAAUGAAAGUGUUUGAAAGGGUGUCACGCACUGUCAGAAAGGUGAUAGUGGCCACCAAUGUAGCAGAAACCUCCAUCACAAUCAGCGGGAUUGUGUAUGUGAUUGACUGUGGCUUUGUGAAACUCCGAGCCUACAACCCCAGGACAGCUAUUGAGUGCUUGGUGGUGGUCCCAGUGUCCCAGGCAUCAGCCAGACAGCGAGCAGGACGUGGUGGCCGCAGCCGCUCAGGAAAAUGUUUCCGCCUUUAUACAGAGGAAGCCUUUGACCAGCUGCCUCAAUCCACCGUUCCUGACAUGCAGCGGAGCAAUCUGGCCCCCGUCAUCCUGCAGCUGAAGGCUCUGGGGAUCGACAACGUCCUCAGGUUCCACUUCAUGUCGCCCCCUCCAGCACAGUCGAUGGUUCAGGCGUUGGAGUUACUCUAUGCUCUGGGAGGGCUGGACAAAGACUGUCGCCUAACUGAGCCGCUUGGCAUGAGAAUAGCAGAGUUUCCUUUGAAUCCCAUGUUUGCAAAAAUGCUGCUUGAAUCAGGAAAUUUCGGCUGUUCUCAGGAAAUUCUAAGCAUUGCCGCCAUGAUGCAGAUCCAGAAUGUCUUUGUGGUCCCCUCAAACCAGAAGUCUCAGGCUAUUCGAGUGCACCGAAAAUUUGCUGUGGAGGAGGGUGAUCAUCUUACCAUGCUCAAUGUGUAUGAAGCGUUCAUCAAGCACAAUAAGAACUCCCAGUGGUGUCAGGAGCAUUUCCUGAAUUACAAGGGUCUCGUCAGAGCCGUGACAGUGAGGGAGCAAUUGAAAAAGCUUCUUGUCAAGUUUCAAGUGCCCAAGAAAUCCAGUGAAGGUGAUCCAGAUCCGGUUCUGAGGUGCAUUGUUUCCGGAUUUUUUGCAAAUGCCGCGAGGUUUCAUUCUACUGGAGCUUAUAGGACCAUCCGUGACGAUCAUGAACUGCACAUCCACCCUGCAUCGGUCCUCUACGCAGAGAAGCCGCCCCGCUGGGUUAUCUACAAUGAAGUUAUCCAAACCUCCAAGUAUUACAUGAGAGAUGUGACCGCCAUUGAAUCUGCUUGGUUAUUAGAGCUGGCCCCUCACUUUUAUCAACAAGGAACGGUAGGAAUGAGCCGAGCCUGUCCCCCAGAACCACCUGUUACCUGCCUCUUUGUAUUUUUAAAUACACAUUUAUUUUCCAGUUUAAUGUCCUAAACUUGCUGUCCCCUCCCCCCACCCCACAGUGGUACACAGGGUGAAAGGCCAUUACCAUGGUCCCAGACCAUUCUGGGUGAAAGCACCGUACCAUUGCUCGUGGUGAAGUGCAUUUAAACAUAAAUCCCUCCAACUUACACGACAAAAAAAGAGAAUGUAUCUUCAGCUCUUCCUCUCUCCCUCUGCUCUUCUAAACCAUUCCCAAAGAAGUUUUGUCACACUGGACUGUGUUCACAGGAAGCAGCACAAAUAUUUUCUGAUGAGGAUUGCCUUGCCAAGAUGGUAAACACAUGUGCAAGCUUAAACCCGAGGUGGUUUAAACGCAUGGUGGGAGAUGCCGAGCGCCGGCAUCGCUGUGUAUAUAGUAUAUGCUCUUCUUCCACGGCAGACGUGCACAUUAAUUCAGCAUCUUUGUCAUCUCUGAUCUAUUUUGCUUUUAGACUGGUUUUCUACCUCGUUAUGGGUCACAUUUUCCUGCUUCUCUUGUCUAGUAAUUUGUUGUUGUAUGCUGGACAUUAUAGGUGCUUUGUUGUGAAAAGUUGAUUUUGUUGUUUUUAUAGAAUAUUGAGUUUUUUCCUAGUAGACAGUACUGGCAGAUCAGUUUAAUUCCACCAAGGCCUGAUUUUAGUCUUUUUCAGGCAGGUCUAGAGUAGCCCUCCUCCUAAGACAUGGGCUUUUUGAUGCCUCAACUGAAUGCCUAGGAUGUUCAUUGAGGUCUUUGCACUCUGGCUGGUCAGAGCUCCAGUGUCUCCAGCACUGUACAAAUCUCCAAAUCUCCAUAUCAGGUCACAACUCCCCAGUAACUAGUCUCUGCCAGCCUCAUGGAACCUUGGCCUUCACAUGUGCAGCUUAGCUUUCAGCCAAAGACUUAAGGGUGGUAGCUCUAUGUAGGGUUCUGGAACUCCUCCUUUCUGAUGGCCUGUCCUGCAGAUUCCAGCUAGCUCAGCAGCUCUGAACUCUGAUCUGUGUUCCCUCUGCCCAGCUACACUGUCCUCUAUUUAGGGUUCACUUCCCUAUGACAAGGUUUGGAGGGCCAUGCAGAGACCUGGGAUGACUAUAAAGCUCACCUCACGUGUUUCCUUCCUCUCAAGGAUCACAGCCCUGUGCUGUUACCCAGUGCCUGAAAAUGAUUGCUUCAGAUAUUUUGUCCAGUUUCACCAUUGCUUACCACAGAAGGGAAACCAAAACCUGUUACUUCAUCAAGGCUGUAACCAGACUACCGUGUUUUCAAACCAAAAUUUGGCUUGAUCGGUAUAUUUUA